AUGGAUGUGAGACAAUAUUUUGACUGUAAAUCUAACUCAAAAUUCAUUCUUGAUUUUGAUUCUUUAAAUCCUGUUCUACAUGAUUUCAAUAAAGAGUGUAUAUUAUCAAUUCCUUAUCCAACAAAAAAGGAGAUUCAGGCUUUUACCCCUUUAACACAUAAUCAAUUAAUGCAUAUCGCUGUUAUAUUAGUUACUCAUCAAAAUGUACACAAUGUAUUUUCGUCUUUUGUACCAAAAGAUAUACCAGAAAACAUUUUUUGGUGUAAGUACUUUCGUUUUCUUUAUAUAAAAUGUGGAAAAGAAAAACAGUAUCAAAAGAAGAUUCGUACCCGAGAUAGAAAACGAAAUGACCAAUUAACUCAUAUACUUUCAUUAUGGAAAAGUUUAAUUAAUGUUAAAUCUGAAAUAUCUCAUACUAUUAAUCCAAGAGAAGGUUUACUUGUUCUUAGUGGUACUAAAGAAUGUUUACAGUGUCACCCAAAAUUAGUAUCAGAUGUAAUUAAAGUUGUAUUCCCUUUUGCCUCAUCUAAAUCAACAAUGUUUAAACGAACUUCAUUUAUGUUAACUUCUCCAGUACAAUUACGAAUUGGUGCUUUAACUGAAGAUAGAAAUGAAUUAAAAUCUCAAAAUGAAAGAAAUGUUAUCAAUAUUUUUAUCAGUGAUAUACCAGAAGACCAUCUAAGACCAUCUAAUGAUAGUAAAACAAGAACAUCAUUAGACCUUAUGACAUUUGAAAGAAAGACUUCAAGUUCAUUUGGAAGUCAUGUUAUAGAAAGCUUAAGCGAAAGACCAAGAAUGAGUGCUACUGAGUUACAAAGGAAUUCGAUCACAUCAAGUGAUAGUGAUAUUCCAGCACAUCGAUUCACUGUUAGUGUAUUUAACAUUCUUUUUGGUAAAUUAAAGUCACACAAACUUCAAUUUGUUGGUCCAUUACUUAAUUUAUUAGUAAAACAUUAUUCUGGAUUAGAGGCAUAUGUUAUUACUCAUUGCUUUGUAUGUAAUUGUCUUUAUAGAGGACUUUAUCCAUAUACUAUUGUCCAAUUUGAUUACUUUUUUAUUGCAUUUGAUGAAUUAGUAAGAGAGAGAUUUCCAGAUUAUGUUGACUCCUUAACAGUAUCUUUAGUUUCAAUCUAUGAAAAUCUCUUUACAAAUUUGUUAAUCCCAUUAUUAGAUUCAAUAGACAAAUUUAUUGCCUUAACAAUCCUCGAAUAUCUUUUAUUGUAUGGAUAUCCAUUUGCAUUAAAAAUUCUUCUUAUUUUAAUUGAACAAACAUCAACCCCACCUAAGCGAAGUGAAGAAGUAAUACCAAUAUUUUCUAAAGUAUUAGAAUAUGACGCACCAGGAGUGAUUGCUCAAACAUUAGAUCUUCCAUUUCCUGAUUAUGCAAAUUACCAUUUCUUAUUACCAAUUAAGGAAUCAGUUCAUUCUACAAAUACACCAUACACUCCAGAAAAUAAAAACCUUCAUUUUAUUCAAGAAAGAAUGACAAAUCUUACUCUUCCUAGUGAUAUGAUUCCAGUUAGUAGUUAUGUAGAUUUUGUAUCAAUGUUACCAGAUAGAUUUGCAGUAAUGGAUUUUACUUGUCUUUUUUCAACAAAAACUGAUGGUUUUUCUUUAAGCAAUUUAUACUCUUUAUGUGCAGCACGUUCUCCAUUAAUUAUAUUAGUCAGAGAUGAUACUAAUGCACUUUUUGGGGGUUAUGUAUCAGACCCAAUCAAAAUUCAUCGCCAUUAUUAUGGCACAGGAGAAUCUUUUCUCUUUACAAUUGAACCUCAUACAAAAAAAUAUAAUUCAACAUCAGCAAACAACUAUUUUAUUAUGACAAAUUUAGAUAAAUUUAUUAUGGGUGGAGGUGAUGGUUUCCCUGGUUUGGGGUUCAACAGAUCAUUAGAAGGUCAAACAUAUACUUGCCCGACAUUCAAAAAUGAACCAUUAACAAUUAAUGAAAACUUUAAAACAAUAAGAUUAGAAAUAUGGACAUGUGCAUCUGUAGCACUAAUAAAUAAUUUCUCAGAAUCAGAAAGUGGUUCUUCAUCAAGACAAUCCAUUGAUGGAGGAAAUUUGUAA